AUGGAUAAAAAUCAACACAGAUGGAGCUUACUCGGAGGCAACAGACAAGGCAGGAGGGAGGGGUUAGUUCGAGACGGGGGAGGAAAUAUCCUUGCAGCCUUCGUGACCCCCCUAGAAGCACACUCGACUUUGGAGGCUGAAAUACUGGCUAUACACCAUGGCAUCGCCUUGGCCAAGGAGUUCAGGAGGCCAAUGUGGGUUGAAUCAGACGCAGAACAAGCGACCAAGCUCUUAACGGGCACAGAGUGGGGUCCGGCUCACAUCCGCCAGGUCAUGGCGCGCCUAUUCAUCCUCAAACAACAACACAACAACCGGAUUACCUUUAUCCACAAGGAAGGGAACAAAGCAGCUGACUUUCUAGCCAAGAUGGGACUUGAGCAAGCUUCUUUCCUGUGCAUGUCCACACAAACAGCUCCAAGAAUGCUUAAGGCCAUUGUGCGUAUGGACGCGAUGGGAAUCCCCAACCUACGGCUCCGAGAGGAUGUUCGAGAGUGA